GGAGGGCGCAAAGCGGGGACAGCGGGCAGCCAGGCGAUGGCAGCUCAGCGGCUGGGCAAGCGCGUGCUGAGCAAGCUUCAGUCCCCGUCGCGGGCCCGCGGCCCGGGGGGCAGCCCCAGUGGGCUGCAGAAGCGGCACGCGCGAGUCACCGUCAAGUACGACCGGCGGGAGCUGCAGCGGCGGCUGGAUGUGGAGAAGUGGAUCGACGGUCGCUUGGAGGAGCUUUACCGCGGCAGGGAGUCAGAUAUGCCAGAUGAGGUCAACAUUGAUGAGCUGUUGGAAUUGGACAGUGAAGAGGAAAGAAGUCGGAAAAUCCAGGGACUCUUGGAGUCCUGCGCGAACCCCACGGAGGACUUCAUCCAGGAGCUGCUGGCCAAGCUUCGGGGCCUCCACAAGCAACCGGGCUUCCCACAGCCCAGCCUUGCAGAUGACUGCAGCCUGAGCCCCCGCCAGGACCGGGCCCACACGGCCCCACCCUGACCGCCACCCUCCUCUGUAUUCCACUCCCCAAGCCCAGACUGUUUCUAAGUUGUAUUUAAUGGUUCUGUAACUGCCUCCCGUGUCUGGCUUUUCCUCUCCCUGCUACUGGCCUUCUGCAGUCCCUGCCCUUGGUCCCCAAGCCGCAGCUGGUCCUGACAGAUGGAGAAACAUUCCUUGCCACAGAGCCUGAGAACAUACCCUGCUGACCCCGAGGCGUCUUAGAGACUCACAUCCUGUCCCCACACCUCCCCCCCUAAAAUAAACUCAGUCCCAGCCAGGGCAGAUCCCUGGAUCAUGGGAUAUGUGGAGAUGCA